AUGUCCACCACCGCCACCAACGAUAAACCUACAGUGCUGAUUGUUGGGGCAGGCCUAGGAGGCCUUAUGCUCGGCGCCCUCCUCGAAAAGGCAGGUGUCCCGUACAUGAUCUUUGAGCGUGCUACCACCGUGAAGCUAUUAGGCUCGGCCAUGUCAAUCGGUCCCACGCUGCUUCCCAUCUUCCAGCAACUGGGUAUCUACGACGACAUCGUUGCCACGAGCAAGUACAUGACCCACAUUGAUACAUACAAUGAGGACCUGGAGAGUUUGCAGCGCUCCGACUACAGACCCAUCGAGGAGUUUACCGGCUAUGGACAUUACAUUAUUGCGCGACCCAAGUACUACGAAAUCAUGUUGAAGCAGGUCCCUCCCCACAAGGUGCACUUCGGUAAGCGCGUCCUCGACAUUUCCGAAAAGGACGACAAGGUCACCGUUCACCUCGUCAACAAUGAGACUGUCGAGGGCGACAUUGUUGUGGGAGCCGAUGGUGCCUACAGCGUCAUCCGCGAGCGCUUGUAUGGGCAGUUGAAGGCCAAGGGAGAGUUGCCAGAGGAGGAUCAGGAGGAUCUUCCGUUCAGCUGCUAUUGUCUGGUCGGGCAGACCAAGGUCCUUGAUCCGGAAGAGUUCCCUAUCGUCAAGGAGCCAAUUUCUCAGUUCCGUGCUAUUAUUGGACGAGAAAAGCCAUUCUCUGUAAGUCCAUGA